AUGGGUCUUUCCGAGAUUAUGAAAGCCGCCUUCGACUACAUGUUCGGGCUGCAACUCAAGACGCAACCACUUGAAGAAGACCAUGGAGGGCACACGCCCACCCUAGGUGGCAUAUCGCACGCUUUCGAUGAGGAAUGGGAAACGAUGGCGCUCCCGCAUCCCUUCUUCUCGCUCACGGGCCAAGUCCCGGCGCACAUCAUUUCGACAUGGCGAUGA